GGGACUUUCUCUAUCUGUUUUAGUUCGAUCGUUUACUGUACGGCUCAACAUUUCUUGAGUAAAAUCUUGAGACAGAACAUUUACAAAGAAAUAUUGAGAAAGCCUAAAGUUGAACGUUUCACGGGUUGGGCAGCCCCACCCACCACUACCAUGCCUUUGGUGACAAGGAAUAUAGAGCCGCGGCAUGUGUGCCGCCAGACCAUACCUUCCAAAAUUCGCAGCGAGUUGGAAUGUGUCACCAAUAUCAGCCUCGCCAACAUCAUCCGGCAGCUCGGCAGCCUCAGCAAAUAUGCAGAGGACGUGUUUGGGGAAUUGUUUGUCCAGGCCGGAGCAUUUGCCAUCAGAGUGAAUACACUUGGAGAAAGAGUUGAUCGUCUACAGGUUAAAGUCACCCAGUUGGACCCAAAAGAAGAGGAGGUCUCUCUGCAGGCCAUAACUACCCGUAAGGCCUUCCGCAGCAGUCUGACCCAGGACCAGCAGAUGUUCACCAGGCCAUCUCUGCCAGUGCCUGUGCAAGAAACCUACACUAUCUGUAAUCCUCCUCCACCUCUCAACCAGCUCAGCGAGUACCGGGAGGAUGGGAAAGAGGCCCUGAAGUUUUACACAGAUCCCUCCUACUUCUUUGACCUGUGGAAGGAGAAGAUGCUGCAGGACACCAAGGACAUCAUGAAGGAGAAACGCAAGCACAGAAAGGAGAAAAAAGACCAUCUGAAUCAGCGGACACUCAAUCCUCGAAAAAUCAAGACCAGAAAAGAGGAAUGGGAACGACGUAAGAUGGGAGAAGAGUUUGUUGUGCCAAAGAAUGAACAGAAUUCCUCUGAGGGUAUGAAUGGGAGUAUUGGAUCAGGGGAGGAUUUCACUUCUGAUGGUCUCGACCAGAGUACAAACUCCUAUGCUUAUGAUCCCGGCUCCCCUCUCCCUUCGCCGGGUCCUGAUGAAUACCUGCCUCCUCCACCCCCAGACGUGGCGUAUAAUGAUGCAGCACCAGCCCAGAAGCGUGUCAGCAUGCUGAGUCCAAGCCACCCACCUCCAGCUCCUCCCAUGAGCCCUUCUUCACCAGACUCCCGCCCAAGCCUUUCCCCUCCCCCUGCACCUCCCCCCCCUCCUCCACCCUCUGGUAUUGGGGUACCCCCACCUCCACCUGGCUUUGACAGCCCUCCUCCCCCUCCUCCACCCAGCUCUUCUAUCACCUCCUAUCCCACUCCACCUGCUCCCCCUCCUCCACCCUCAAUGUCCAAUGUUCCUCCUCCUCCACCACCUGCACCAGCAAGUGGUGGACCACCACCUCCUCCACCCCCUCCACCACCCCCUGGGCCUCCCCCUCCAUCCUUUGACUAUUCUGCUGCUCAUCCUCCUCCAUCUGGUGGUGGGGUGACAACCAGCUCUGCUCCCAAACCUCAGCCAGAGCCUGUCAGUGAUGCUCGCAGUGACCUGCUGCAGGCCAUUAGACAAGGUUUCAACCUGCGUAAAGUGGAAGCGCAGCGAGAGCAGGAGAAGAGGGAUCACACUGGCAACGAUGUGGCUGCUAUCUUGUCCCGUCGUAUUGCCGUGGAGUGUAGUGACAGCGAGGAUGACUCCUCAGAGUUUGACGAUGAAGAGUGGUCUGAGUAACUGCCAUCCAUUUUCACCUUCACCAUCCCCUCAGCCUCAGAUGACACCUGCACAUUUCCAUUCAGAUUACAUCCUUUGAGUACUAGUUUGUUUUUGUGUGGUAGUCUGUGUGUUCAUGUAGAAAAUACUUUGUAUUUCAAACCACAUUCCUAAACCAUUUUAUUUCCUUAUUAACCCCAAACUAAACUGUAUUAGCUGCACCGGUUUAAAGAUUGAGAAAGAGGGUACCUGCUUGUGUCCCAGUUUGCCAUGGUUUACUCUGUAGAACACACCACUGAUGUGAGAGUAUUAUAAUGGAUUGCACAUCUCUCUACUGAGAGUCCGCCUAAACACAUCGCCUCUGACUUUAUCUUACUGUCUGAUAGAAGCAGGUAUUCUUUACUGUAGGCCAAAAACCUUAUUUUAGCCACUGUUUGUCAUAACCACAGAUGAUGAGGAGGAAGCUUGCAGACAAUUAUGCAACCUCAGUUCACAAAAGCUGUCCUCUGUGGAAACAGGUGUUCAAUCAUAGAUUAACUAAUAGAUGUAAAGUUGACAUUACAUCUUGAUUUAUAAUUAAAGUCAAUUAACCCCAUCAAUCUAAAUCUCUUUAGGGCACAGGUGUUACGUUUUUCCUGUUUUGUCUUGUUUUCUGUCUUUUUUUUUUCCUCUGAGGUGAUCGUGGGAACAAAUGAAAUUUUUUUGUAGCUAAUAAACAAACUGAUAAAUUAAUCAUUGUGCUAGGAGCAAGGUGAUGACUUAUGUCUGAUACCAGGGGUGCCAUACUGAACAUAUGCAGAUAUUUUCCACAAAUAUGAUUUAUUGUAUUUGUAUUUUACCUUUAAUGUAUUUUUUCAUGUAUUUUGAUCUUACCUUUGGAUUGACUAGGGUAUGUUUCCUCAAAUACUGUUAAAAUCUAGGCAGCGUUCGCCUUAUCCAGUGCCAUUUUAUACAGUAUGACAGUGUUUGCUUUCAUGUAAUUAACCACAGUGGCCACAGAUCAGCUUCUACCUAAAAUACUAACAGCUUCCAUUGAUCAGUCAAAUUUUAAAGUGCCUUUUAUGUUGAGUCAGCCCUUUUACAGCAUCACACAUUAUGCUUGGCCAAAGUUCUGCUUCUCCAGCUUUAUGUUUUCAAAUGAUUUAUUUCAAUAAAUAUAAAAUCAAUUCAAA